CGCCAACUCGUCUCCUACUGCAGAAUGCCCUUCCUACGAACAGUCCUCAUCCAAUCUCGAGCUGUAGCCAGGACCUUACCAGCUGCUACGCGUAGUAUCCAUACCGCUCCCGUCCGCACUUUCUCUCCGCGUGGUGCUUAUACACCGUUCGCCGUCCUCGGAGCAUCCCAGCACAUCACUACUUACAGUGCCACCAAUAGCGCUUCCUACGAUCACCACAUUGAUCAUUCUAUCCCCGCUGCCGCCCUCUACGUUGUUUCUCCAGUUCAAGGCGAGGAAUACCAGGUUCCGAGGGGUGCAUUCUCCGCUUCUGCUCCCUACUUUACCUCAGAGGCCAACACCCCCAUUGCCAAACCACGAUUCAGAUCCAAAAUCUCUUCCUUUGCUCACCCGCUCUCUGGAAGGAAUUGAGACUAGUUGGGAGGCAGUUAUAAUGUUUAUGCUAUCACCUUUUAGAAGUAAUAUAUUGUACCAUUAUGGUUUGAUCCCUUUCAAGAACUGCCUGGAAGGGGUUGUGGGGAGAAGUUUUUAUUUUCGGGUCCGCAUUACCCUCUUCGUUUUAGAUGUAUAUAGAUUCCAUGGUCCCACUGCCAUCGAACUGCAAUCGAUUUCUGCUCUAAACCCA